GGGGAGCCUUGCGCACCCGCAGCUCAUGGUUGCGGCCCCAGCAUUAUGUCUAUUGGCCUCCGUUCUGGUGUCGUCAUCCUGUGGUCUGGCUCCAUUUCUCACGUGGGCCCGCAGCACCACAUUGCAUUCUGGCCCUGCCUUCUUCCUCCGAGAGCAUGGACAGAGAGGCUGGAGCCCGGACUCCCACGGGCUGGACAGCUGGGCCCCAGGAAAUGGUGACGUUCCGGGACGUGGCCGUGCACUUUACCUGGGAGGAGUGGAGCCACCUGGACCUUGCCCAGAGGGCCCUGUACCGGGAGGUGAUGCUGGAGACCUUUGAGAACCUCCUUUUCCUGGGGCUCCCAGUUCUGAAGCCGGAUGUGAUCUCCCGGUUGGAGAGAGGAGAAGCUCCCUGGAUGCUGGAGGGGGCGGUCCCAAGAGAGCCUGGCCCAGAGUCCCUCUGUCAGGAACAGCAACGUGACACCAAGGACCCAGCUGUGCAUCAGACCAUUCACCUGACAGUAUCCUCUCAGGAGAGAUUACAAGAGGAAAUAAUUAAUACUGGUGAGGGACUCUGCAAAUUCAGAGAAAGUGAGAAAGCUUUCAGCCAUUUGGGAAGCCCUAAUGAUUACCAGAAAAUUCACACUCAGAAGAAAUUCCAUCUUUUAAAUGAGUCAGGGAAAGCUUUUCUCCUACAUGAGAAAGCCCACAUGGGGAAGGAACCCCUUAAGUCUAAUAAAUGCAACAAAGCCUUUCAGUGGGAGUGUAAACUUGGUGCGUGUCACAGAAUUUAUACUGAACAGAAACUCUUUGAAUGUAGUGAAUGUGGGAAAAACUUCAACCAAAGGUCAUCCCUUAUUUCCCAUCAGAGAAUUCACACUGGCAAUAAACCCUUUGAGUGUAAUGAAUGUGGGAAAGCCUUCUACAACAAAUCUCAGCUUACUGUGCAUCAGAGAAUUCAUACAGGAGAGAAACCAUUUGAAUGUAAGGAAUGUGGAAAAAACUUUAGCUUGAAGUCAUCACUUAUUUCCCAUCAGAGAAUCCAUACUGGAGAAAAACCCUUUGAAUGUAACGAAUGUGGGAAAAACUUUAGCCAGAGGUCAUCUCUUAUUUCCCAUCAGAGAAUCCACACUGGAGAAAAGCCCUUUGAAUGUAAUGAAUGUGGGAAAAACUUUAGCCAAAGAUCUUCACUCACUUCUCAUCUGAGUAUUCAUACUGGAAAAAAAGCUUUCACUUGCAAUGAAUGUGGGAGAGCCUUCUAUGACAAAUCUCAGCUCAUUUUACAUAAGAGAAUUCAUACUGGAGACAAAACCUUCUUGUGUAAUGAAUGUGGGAAAGCCUUCUACAGAAGAUCUCAACUUACUGAACACCGGAGAAUUCAUACUGGUGAGAAACCCUUUGAGUGUAUUGAAUGUGGAAAAAAUUUCACUGUGAGAUCAUCACUUAUUCAGCACCAGAGAAUUCACACUGGAGAGAAACCCUUUGAGUGCACUGAAUGUGGGAAAGCCUUUUACAACAAAUCUCACUUUACUGAACAUAAGAGAAUUCAUACUGGAGAGAAACCCUUUGAGUGUGCAGAAUGUGGGAAAAACUUCAGCCUGAGGUCAUCACUUAUUUCACAUCAGAGAAUUCAUACUGGAGAGAAACCCUUUGAGUGUGGAGAAUGUGGAAAAAACUUCAACCAGAGGUCAUCACUUAUUAAACACCAGAGAACCCACACUGGGGAGAAACCCUUUGAAUGUACUGAUUGUUGGAAAAACUUCAGCUGGAAAUCAUCCCUUAUUUCACAUCAGAGAAUUCAUACAGGAGAGAAACCCUUUGAGUGUAAUGAAUGUGGGAAAGCAUACUACAACAGAUCUCAGCUUACUGUACAUCAGAGAACCCAUACCAGAAGGAAAUCUUUUGAGUGUACAGAAUGUGGGGAAAGCUUCAGUAAGAGAUCAUCAUUUAUUAAGCAUCAGAAAAUUCAUACAGGAGAGAAACGUUUUAACUACAAUGAAUUUGGAAACUCUUUCAUUUAUUGUACAUCAGAUAAUUCAUUCUGGACAGGAACCCUUUGAGGAUAAUUAAUGGGAAAUAUUUCAUUACCAAUCUCAGUUUAAUGAACAUCAGAAAAUUCAGAGAAUUGUACUGGAAUGAAACCAUUAAGAUAUAAUUGUGGGGGAAGGGGAAGCUAGGUGCCGCACCGGCCCUGGAGUCAGGAGGACCUGAGUUCAAAUCCGGCCUCAGACACUUGACACUUACUAGCUCUGUGAUCCUGGGCAAGUCACUUAACCCCAAUUACCUCACCAAACAAACAAAAAAAAAGAUAUAAUUGUGGAGAAAGCCUUCACCUGAAAAGGCCACUUUACUGACCAUCAGAACUCAUAUUUGAGAGAAACCCUUUGAGUGUUAUGAAUUUGGAAAACUUUAGCCAGAGGUCAUCACUUUGCAAACAUGAGAAUUGAUACAAGGGAGAAUGCUAAGGAGGCAACUAGGUGGACCAGUGGAUAAAGUUCUGUCCUUAGAGUCAGGAAGACCUGAGUUCAGAUGUGGUCCCAGAGAUUUCCUAGCUGUGUGGCACUGUAUAAAUUACUUAACCUCUCUCAGCCUCAGUUUCCUCGUCUAUGAAAUGGGGGAUUUGAACUUAGUGGCCUCUGAGGUCCCUUCCAACUCUAAAUCUGGGAUCCUGAGAAAAUUCUGUUUAUAUAAUGAAUGUAGGAAAGCUUUUCUACAAAGAAGAAAACUUAUAAAACAGAAUCUGUACUGGAUGGUUAGCCCUUGCCCAGAAUGAAUAUGGGAAAGCCUUCAGCUAUGCCUCAUGUGUGACUAUAUUAGAGAGCUCAUAUUUGAGAAAAAAAUACAUUAAAACAAUGAUUAUGGAAUCUUCAGCCAGAAAGGACAUCUUACUGACAAACUCCAUUAAAUGCAAUUAAAUAUGGGAAAGCCUUUAGCACUACUUGAACCCUUUCAGUGAUAGGGUCAGAGAACUAAUGCAAAAUAAAAAGAUUAUUCAAUCAAAAGAGAACCCACUUUAUUGCAAUGUAGAAGACAAGCCACUGAACAGCUUCAUUUCAUACCUUGUUAUAUGCCAUAGGAGUGUUUAAUUUAUAGAAAACACAUAAAUACACUGAGCUCACACCUGGUCAGUCUUUGGCCUUGGGGGUGAGUUGCUAUGUUUCAGGGGAGGAGAUGCAAAGACUUUCAAAUCUACUUUGCCAUUGGCCUUGGGUGCUCCAUCUUUUGGUUGGCUUUGGAGAAGAACUGAGGGAUGGGAAGGCUAUCCAUAAGGGUUAGUCAUGACUGCCCAUUUUCACUUGAAAUAGACUCACAGUCUAAAUCAACAUUACACGUGGCUAGAAAGGAACAAUAUGAUCAUUUUCCCCCUUUCUCUCUGCCACCACAUUUCAAUAACCAUGUGGUGUGGUGUAGUAAACAGUGUACUGGACUUGGAGUCAGGAAGACCAGGAUUCAGAUCCUGCCACAGUAACUUCUGAGUUGUGUAACUACAUGAAAGUCCCUUCCUCUCUCUGAGACCAAGCAAAUGAGAGGCCUGAACUCAAUGACUUCUUAGGUACCUACUUCUGCCUUGAAUUCAUGAAUUCAUACUGGAGGUGAACUAUAAAGAUCUAGGAAUGAUGGAAAAGUAUCAUGGCAACCUGCCAUUUGCUCAAUGCUGGAAAGUCAAGGAUGCUAAGUUGUUACUAGUCAUAAGGUUUGUGGUGUUUGGGGAGAAAAGGAACUGUAUUGGGGCAGCUAGUUGGCGCAAUGAAUAAAGCACAGGUGCUGGAUUCAGAAGGACCUGAGUUCAAAUCCAGCCUCAAAUACUUGACACAAGCUGUGUGAACCUGGGCAAGUCACUUAACCCUCAUUACCCUGCAAAAGAAAAGAAAAGAAACUCUCUUCCUUUGAGCCUCUUCUCUGUGGUGUAUUGACUGCCUCUACAUAGCAAUAGAAUCACACAAGUCAGUGCUUCUGAUGUGAUCUCUACAGAAUCAGUAGCAAUUAAAUAGCAAAUAAUAGCACUAUUUUUAAAAAAUCUUGGUUCUUGUGGGGCAGCUAGGUGGCACAGUGGAUAGAGCACCGGCCCUGGAUUCAGGAGGACCUCAGUUCAA